AUGUACCUUCUAGAGGUGAACCAUGGCGAUGGCGAGAUUCACCGUCACUUCCUGCUCCCAGACCAGACGUAUACGCUGGGGCGAAAGGUGUGCCGCAUCUUACUUCCAGUCGCUGAGCCGUCCAUCUCGCGCCACCACGCGACCAUCUUCGUGGCGUCGAUGCCCCGCUACAGCGUCCUCGACCCCUCCGCUCAGCUGGAGAUCCGCAUCGAAGAUGUAUCGAAGCACGGCACCUUCGUCAACCGCGAGCGCAUUGGCAAGGAUAACUCGAGGUUUUUGUACCCUGAGGACCUCAUUCGACUGGGCCUCCGCGUCACAGCGCGAAUAAUUCCGGUGAUGCUUGUGCUUGCCAUCUCCCCAGACUUAACGGAUGCGAGCUUGGACUUGGUGUUGGACUCAUGCGUGCGGAUUGGCGCCCUGGUCGUUGAGGACUCCAUCCCAGCACCGCUGUCGUACUACGAGGCGCACACAGACUGCAUCGGCUUUCUGUACGUUGCAGAGAACAGCUUCACGAUGGAGGAGACAAUGAUGGUCGCGCUGGGGUACGGGUACACACUCGUCACGCCACACUACAUCGCUAAUUUGGUGCGCAGUCUCGAGAAGAAAGAUACGCUGAUGCCUGGCGAAUUCCCUUCGCCGUCCGCUCCAUUGCCGGCUUCCCAGGCGCUACGCAGCGCGCAUUACCGCCGCCCCACUCAGACAUUUUUCUCUGUCGCCGAGUUCCUGUCUGUUGGUCGCCCGAUGGCCGCCACUGUCUUCUGUGGCAGCACGUUUGUGCUACUAGAAAGCGCGCUACAGGAGGUCUACAGCGGAGUGCUUCGCCUCUUUGGCGGCACCGUAGAGGUGGUGGCGCUGGACGCUGUCGGGGCGUGGUGCUCGCGGCAGUCGUCCCCGCCACCGCUCCCGUUGACCACUGUCGUGCUCGUUGGCGAGGAGGACUUCCGCAGCGUGUCGGACGAGGUCAUCAAGCGCAAUGGUGGUCGUGGGGCGUUUCCGACAAAACACGCGCGCCCCGUCAUCUGCGGCUAUCUCACCAUGUACAAAUUUGGUCUCUGCCUCAUCCCGGAGAAGAACGUGCACCUCACGCUUUACCGUAAUGACUCCAAGGAGCUGCACGCUAAGGCAAAGUCAUGCUUUCUCCAGCGCAGCGCGGACGAUGUGCUGGCCGACGCUGCGCUGUCGCCUGCGGGCGAUGCCCCAUUACGCCUGAGUAGCGGGUCGUUUACCGACACCAGGUCGACGAGCCGCCAUGGGAGCACCAUUCGCACGUCGGAGUCGCCGGCUAGCGCGUCGCCAUCACCAGUGGCAGCAAUGAGCCCGGCGCCGGUCAUCGCUCGCCGCUCGCGCGAUUCCUCUUUUAUUGCUGACCACUCACCCAAUCGUGCCGAAAAAGCUGGCAACGGGACGGCAGCGGCGAGUGCGGCAACAGCUGCCCCUGCAGCGACUACAGCGAGCCCGACUGGAGACGUAUGGUGCCUGACUGGCUCUCGGGCUGCUAGUCCGAAUUUCGUUAGCUCUCUCCACUCUGUCCAUAGCACUAGGAGUGCGUCGGCGUCUCCACAGCCUACAUCAGUCGUGCUAGCGACAAGCUCGAGCGGCGCCGCUGCACGUCAGUCCCCUCCCACCGUAGCCCCAGCCCCCGCGUCCGCUGCUGCAGCGCCGCCACUAGCGCACUUGGACGAGACUAGCCACGUGCAGGAUACCGCUACCUCAGUUCCCCUUACCGUAGAAACGCCAGUGGCAACCACCACGGUGUCGUUCUCAGCCGGUGCUGGAGGCGGCGGUGGUGGUGGUUCUGCCGUCUUACGAUCCAGGGAUAGGGCUGCCGACACAUCCUCCACAACUAUGGCGACAAACACUCUGAGCACGGCGCUGGCGCCGCAGCGCAUGAACGUCAAUUCUGCCCGGCGCAACUCGCACCCUUUCUCGCUCUCGGCCCGGCAGCGCAGCAGUGGUGGGGACAGCGACGGCGAGGCGGAGGAGAGAGCCCACAACUGCACCGGCAUCCCACUGGGGUCAAAGGAGGCGGAGGGGUCUCAGGGGCGCCGCCGCAGCUCAUCCUCGUCGAUCCGCCGCGCGAGCGGCAGUUUACAUCGCCUCAGUACGGAUAACUCCUUGACCACACUCCCGCUGAGGAGCGAAGAGGUGGCGUGUCUGUGCCCUCUUGGUCGCUCGGCGUCGCUGCCGUCUCGCGUUGCUGCGGCUGGAACCCUUCUCAAGCACCAGUCAUGCGCAACGUUUGAGGAGCGGCCCCAACGGCCAUCGCCUGCGAGUUCCGAGGAGCCGCGGUGCGACUCUGCGCCUGAGGAAUGGUGCCGGCGCAAUAACGCCGCAGUUACGGAGAGCGCCCCAGCGGACGGCGCCAUGCCCCCGCUGCCGCCGUCGUCUUCCACCUCUUCAGCCAUAGCCGGCCCCACGACGAACGUCACUUCCGCCGUGCCGGUACUUCAUUCCGCAGGACGUCCGAAGAGUAUCCCUGCACAAGCUGCACCCACAGCUGCAACACUGACAGGCAAGCCUGAGGUGUCAAAGCCGCAGUGCACGGGGCAGACAAACGGUAGCGCGACCGCCAGGGAAAGUGAGGUGGCCCAGCAGCUGCUCUCCACCCGCCGCGGAGAACAGUGUGUGGCGUAUAUAUCAGCCUCAGAAACUCGCUGUGGCCUUGCGCAGCUAAAACUGCCUCUGGACUCCGUCCGCAAUGGGGCACAUCACGGAGGCAAGCGAUCCAACUUUCGGCUGAACUCAGCACGCAGGCAUGUGGAGCGGUACACGACGCUGGAGCACGAUGUGAUCGUGCACACCGCGUCGCAGGCAGGCAUCUCGUCGCCACGGCAGCGCGUUGAGGCGGUGCGCAUCGGGUCCCUGUCAGGGCGGUGCACGUCGGUCUCUCAAGACUUUGAGUUCUCUCUUUCUCGUCCCAUCGAACCCACGGAAAAUGGCGCCGGCGACGUGGAGAACAAGCGCCGCAUCGUACGGCGGUCGCCGUCUUCCCUUCAGCGACUGGACAGCUCGCAGGCGCGGAAGAUGGCCCCACCGCAUCGUCUCAUGACCCCACGCGCAACCAGCAGCGUACCGCGCAACCGCCGUGCCCAGGCGUACGGCGGCGUGCCGCAAAGUCAGUCGGCACGCGGUACCGAAGAUGGCGUGGCGCACAAGACGAGCGUCAAUGACGUGACAGCGCGGCGCGGCAGCGCCCGGCGACGCCUUGGGAGCCCCACCCAAGGCAACGGAAUGUCGGCGUCGUCGUCGUCGACUCUUUCCGCCCCGAGGCAGAUCCCCAGCUUGCAUAGCGGCAGCGUCACUUCAUCUGGGGCAACCGCGAGCAGUGGGGCGGCAGAGUCGUACUUGCGCAUCAGUAAAGAGCUGAGCUCUCACUGCCAGAGGUUCAUGAGCGAAUUCCUCGACAACUUCAUGAGUGCCAUGGAGCGGACGACGCGGCGCGCGGUGCAGAGGAGUCACAUAGACUUCUCGAGUAGGCAGAUGUUGGAGGAGGGGGUAGAGCGCAUUUUGGAGUUCUUGCAUUACAUCAAUGGCACCGAGGCUGAUAUACCGGCCGUCUACAGCACUCCCAACACUCGCGUCGCGUGUCAUCAAGUGUGGCAGAAAUCUCAGUACGUACUCAGCAAGAUCAAGGCGUGCUAUCAUGCAGUAAACUGCAAGGCACCAUCGGUGUUGAUCCGCGCACGCGCCGUUCUCAGCACACGUACUGCGCCCCCACUACAACAGAGGCGAUUUACCUCCGUCAGUGGUAGAGGCCAGUCGAGAUCACCGCAGCGCAUGAGUGCCUUUUAA